GAGAAGGUGAGGAGCAUGAGCGCAGCUGCCAAGAAACUACAGGGCUGAAGCAUACAGUACCUUGCUCUUUUCUUUAGCCGUUUAAUGGGUCUCACGUUAGCUAGUCCUAGGAAUCAAUUGCACCAUGCUUGACCCGGUGGAAAAUAGCCUGUUUGACAUUCCAGACUAUGAGAACACAGAGGACGAGGCCUUUCCCCCGCUUCCACCCCCGCUCUCCCCGAGCCACGAUGACGGAGAGGGGGACCCAUUUGCCAACGGGGAAGAUGAAGGGGAGAUGAAGUUAGCUGAAGCUCAGGUUGCCAAGAGGAGAGCAGUGAAGAGGCCACAGCCUAAACUGGACUCCCAGAGGCUAAUUUCUGAACGAGGGCUUCCAGCUCUGCGAACCUUAUUUGACGAUGUAAAAUUCAAAGGCAAAGGUCAUGAGGCAGAGGACCUCAAGUUGCUAAUGCAAAAAAUGGAGAACUGGGCCCACAGACUGUAUCCAAAGCUGCAGUUUCAAGACUUUAUCGACAAACUGGAGUCCUUAGGAAAUAAAAAAGAAGUUCAGACCUGUCUGAAACGAAUACGACUGGACAUGCCACUGACACAUGAAGACUUUACCAGUAAAGAUGGGGAGGACGAGGAGGCGCCGCCCGACUUCCAUGUGCCUGAUGACCCGGGCGUCUUCAGCUCCCCCCCUCUAGCUCCCACCACGCCAUCUCAGGUGUCCCUGACCGAGGAGCAGCAGCGGCGCAUCGAGCUUAACAAGCAGCUGGCCCUUGAGAGGAGACGUGGGCGGCUAAAAGCGCAGCUCGCAGAAUCUUCCCAGUCCUCAGCCGCUGCGGGGGAGACCGUCGGCCUUUCCUCACAGCUUCCAAGUCACAUGGACCAGGAUUUGACGAACUACGCUGAAAACGAACAAGGCGCAGAGGCCUCGCCGUUUCUGCAGGAUUCCCCGCUGUCAGAGGAAGGGGGGCGCGGCAGCCCCGUCCCCGAGAUGAGCAACGGCAGGGAUGACAGCAGCGAUUGACCGCCCCCCACUUCUGUUUUUCCAAAAUGAGCUGAAAAGCAAAGUCUACCAUCCUCCAGACCUCCAUCCUCAUCUAUCCAUCAAGUGCACU